UCGCCCAAAUGGUGACCGAUCAGCACUAAAUAGCAAUAGGGUAGUCCAUUUGAUUGCUCAAAAGUUUAUUAUAUUAUAAUUACAGUUUUUAAACUAGAGGGAAAAGAGGACAUGAGGAGAAUGAAAGUAUGUCAAAGAUACCCAUUACCCCACUGAUCAUUAAUCAUAUCAUAUAUGUCUCCACAAAGAUAUGUACUUUGAAAUGUCUAAAAAAGUAUUAUGACAGUGAUGGAUCGUAUAUUGUUGAACAAAAUCAAUGUCUAGACGAUUGAUCCUCUUUUGGUAAGGUUUGCCCCUUUUGAAGAGUUUCCUGAUUUUGCCUAGAUGUUAAUGAUUACAUUCAAAAUCUGGGAUGAGAAUUUUUGCUCAAAUCUCUUUCAUCCAUGUUUUAUCCCAUCAUUGUCAGGUAUUUACUCUAAUCUUCACCUCCGAUGGUCUACACUCCAGAGCUUUUUCUACCCUGUUCCACGGUCACUUACCAUUCCUGUUGUCAACCUAGGACGUCUAUUAGAUAUACCAGUUGUUGGUGAGACUUUUGCACACGAAUAUGUGUUGUGGCAAGUUAAUUUUAAUAUUGCCGAUGAGUUUGUGCAUCUCAUGGAUAUCCAUCUUGGUCCUGCUCUGUCUCUCCCUGUCAAUGUCUUGUUGCCCCGUCUUCGUGCUUUCCAUUUAUGUCCUCACUGGGAUCUUUCUCCCUCCUUUUCAGUCUCUUGACCGAGUUACCCAUUUCGACCUCAGGAUUAUGAGCCAUGUUGUCUCCCAUGUCCCUCUCAACUAUGCUCACUUGGUUCUGACUGUAUCCAUUCCAACCCUCAUAAGGUUAUGUAGAUUCGAGUUAUGUAUAUGGGAGGUAAUGUGCGCAUGUAUGAGUACAUGUCAUAAGGAAUUUCGAAAUUUCAGCUUCUUUUUCGUGACCUUACACGAGCCUACAUAAGUAUAACUAGGGAUGGUAAUCAAACCUGCUGAUCCAGUCAAUGCGGGAAUCGCUGCUGUGAGCUUGCUUUGAUUAUGCUCAUUGGUUAGCUUCAUUGUGUGUUUGAAAUUUGUUUGGUUAUUGGUGAUUAUCCAUACAGAGUAAUAUAGCUUCGAAUCAAAGGGUGGUCCAAUGGUGGAUGAGCUUAGUUCUACCUGUAGGCAGAAGGGCUAGUUGCUGUAGGAAUAAGUCUAACUAGUUAAUCGAAUUUGACUAUUAGCUUAGUUUUGCCCUGUGAUGAUGAAUCCUGAGAGGGAAAGGAGUUAUAUGGUUAUGGCUAUUCUUUGUGCUCUUCUCCUGGAUUUAGAGUGUCUCCAAUCUCCAUUCAUGUUAGAUUAGUUUAGUUCUGACCGUAGGCAGAAGGGUUAGUUGCUAUAAGCAGUAGGAACAUGUAGACAGUAAAGAUAAAGAGAGGGGCUCUAGAGGGGAAACUGGUAAGUGAUGUCUUCGAAUGAGGAACAGGAAAGAGUUCUUCAUUUGCCAGAUUCAGAGCCUUCACAGGCAGAGGUUCGAGCCCUCAUCUUGUGGAUUUGGCUUGAAAAAUGUUCGGCGAGCCAUGGUCGUGGUUCGGGCUACCUUUCACGUAUUAACGGCAGAAGUUGUUACUACGUUCUCCAGGUGUCGUCUGUUUUCUUCCUAAGUUUCGAACACAAGACCUCUUAGCACGUGUUGGUUUUGGCCUAAUCAGUAAUCACUGGUCGAACUCUUCGACGUAACUUGAAUCACUUGAUGCUCUGCUUCAAUAGUGAAUACUCAAAUACUGCCACUUGAUGGUGCUUCAAUUACUCUAUACUCAAUACUGCCACCACUCUUUCCAUGUCCCACUAGCCACUAGGAACCAUUAUUGCCAAAACUGGCCCCGCAGGCUCUCAAGGAAGCAAAUUAGACCACAUUCAACGACGAGAUAUCCCAUUCCUGGUCUUAAAGAAUCUCAUUUCAGCCAAUUCGAUUUUCGAUAUCCCUUUCCAGAAACAAGCUUCCAAGAAUUACAAGGGCCCUUUCACAGCCGAUUUGUCAUCACUCAAUUUGCCCCUUUUGCCAGAAUUUCAACUCCCCCCCCCAACAAUUAAUUCCUCAGCCAUUGCCAAAAACCAUGGAGGACUCUGUUCAUGAAUUGUCAAUCACCGGCGAAAACCCACCGGCCAAAUACAUCUACACCGACAGCAUAAACCCGAUCCAGGACCCAUCGAUUCCUCUCCCCCUGCUAGAGAUUCCGGUCAUCGAUUUCAAUCGCCUCACGACUCCAUCCGUUGGCACCGGAGCAGAGCUCGAAAGGCUUCGUUCUGCUCUCAGCUCGUACGGCUGCGUCAUGGUAACAAACCACGGAGUGGAGGGUUCACUCAUGGACAGAGUGCGGCUGGUCUUCAAGCAAUUCCUUGCUCUUCCAAUGGAACAGAGGCUGAAAUGCCAGAAGGAAGUUGAUGGGUUUGAAGGCUUUGGCAGUGACAUGAUACUGACCAAAGAUGUAUCAACAGCAGUUCGUCACUUCUCUGCUAGACUGCGGCUCACCACAUGGCCUGAAGACAAGAGACAGAUGAAGUAUUGGCCUGAACAACCACACGAUUUCAGGGAAGUUCUCGACGAUUACAGCAGCAAGCUAUUAGUACUUCACGAUGAAACCCUCAGGGCCAUGGCUAGGUCACUGAGCCUGGAAGAAGACGACGACGACAGCACGUUUCUGAAAGCGGUCAGAGAAGGUGGAUCGAUCUCCGCAAGAUUCAACUUCUACCCGCCGUGUCCAGCGCCCGAUGGCGCUCUGGGGCUCAAGCCGCAUUCGGACGGAACGGUGAUUACUUAUCUGUUGCAAGACGGAGAAGUGGAAGGGCUUCAGGUUCUGAAAGACGAGCAGUGGUUUAGAGUUCCAAUCGUUGCAGAUGCUCUCGUUCUCCAUGUCGGAGACCAUCUAGAGAUAAUGAGCAACGGGGAGUUCAAGAGCCCGGUUCACAGAGUGGUUCUGAACCCGGAGAGGCAGAGGAUGUCCGUGGUGAUAGCGUCUUUCCCUGAGGAGGGGAGACAGAUUGAGCCAUUGGAAGGUUUGGUUAGUGGAGAAAGGCCAAGGCUUUACAGGCAGGUGAAGUACAGUGUAGUUGACCAAGUUGAUUAUUAUUGGAGUGGGACGAGAGUGACAGAUGAUGCGAGAAUCUGAGGGGCUUUUUUUUUUUUUUUUUGUUCUUCAUUGGAGAAAAGAAGGAAAUGACAUGUGAGAAAACUUGUCUCUGCAGCAACAUUUUACAUCCAACCCUCAAUCCCUCACAAUCUGCUUUCAUCGGUUUACUAUCCACUCAUGGAGUACUUUACUUCAUUUUACGAUAUAUAGGCUCCAUCUGUAUAGAUAUCAUCUACACCCGGAAAGCCGUAUGCUUUGGAAGAAGCUUGUACAGUUUGGGACUAUGAAAUCGUAACGAAAGUUGUAUCGGAUAGAGUGGUGGUAGGACAUUUGAUGCUUAAAUUGUGGAUCAAUCGUGGUUUAACCAGUAAAAUCACAUACCGACU